CAUAUCACCCUCUUCGGACCAUUUGGAGAUGAAAAUUCCGAGUGCGUUCUUGGCUGUUUGACUUCGGGACGGUAGCGGAUGAGCGAGGAGAAAAAUCCGCAACGAUUCUGGACUUAUUGUCUAAAUUUCUGAAAACAAAAUCUGCUUCUUUGCGCACUGCUGCAUCCAAACAGAUCAACAUGAUGACCAAACACUUUGGGAAAAGUGGGAAUAUGAGUGAGCUGGUGAGCUCCCUCAGCUGGCUUGAGGAGGACGGCAGCUCCCAGGAUGGAGAUGAAAGUCCCGAGAUGAGGAGCCGCCACCAUGGCCUGGCUCUGGGGGGUCGUAAUCACUCCUGUGGAGAACUGGGCAGUGAGGACAUAGAGGAAGGAGAGGAGGAAGAGGAGGAGGAGGAUGACGAAGAGGAACUUGGACCUAAUGGAGAAAAUGAACCCAAAAGAAGAGGCCCCAAGAAGAAGAAGAUGACCAAAGCUAGGCAGGAGAGGUUUCGCGCCCGAAGGGUCAAAGCCAACGCCAGGGAGCGUUCUCGGAUGCACGGACUGAACAAUGCUCUGGAUAACCUGCGCAGAGUGAUGCCCUGCUACUCCAAAACUCAGAAACUAUCAAAGAUUGAGACCCUACGGCUGGCACGCAACUACAUCUGGGCUCUAUCUGAGGUGCUCGAGAGUGGUCAGUCCACAGAAAGUCAUGGGUUUGUGGAGAUGCUGUGUAAAGGUCUGUCUCAACCGACCAGUAAUCUUGUGGCUGGAUGCCUGCAGCUGGGGCCCACACCUCUGAUUAUCAACAAGCUUGAGGACAAGUGUGGAGGUCAGGGAGCAGGCGACGCUGUGGCUGGACAUCCACUCAGCUACCCGUCCCCAGGACUUCCCAGCCCACCAUAUGGCUCCCUGGAAGCAUCACACCUCCUUCACAUGAAGGGAUUCAAAGCGCCUUUAUAUGACAAUUCCUCCCCUAACGAGGGCAGCAGUGGCACCCCUCCGUACGACGGGCCUCUUACUCCCCCUCUCAGCAUCAGCAGUAACUUUGCCUUAAAGCAGGAGCCAUCCCCACACGAAUCAGAAAGGAACUACACACCCCACCCUGGCCACCAUGCCCACUACCUCUCAGUCCACCACUUCCCCACUUCCACGGCAGGCAGCCUACCAGGGGGGGCUCAGGCCCACCCAAUCUUUCAGGCUUCUCGUUUUGAGCUCCCCCUUGAUGUGGCCUUUGAGUCAUUCACUCCCUCUCACCUGAUCAGCUCUCAGAUGGGCACCAUCUAAGAUCUAGUAAAACCAGUGAGUGACUGGUCAGAAACUGUCCUCAGCAGUGGACCUGCCACUCUACAAACUGUUGCUGAACUAUGUAACGAAAGCGGUUUAUGCUGAGCACUCUAGGGUCAGAGAGGAAGAGACUGUUCACCUCAACUCAGUCUACCUGAUGCAAACAUGCACCCAUGUUUAAUCUUUUAUUUAUUAUCUUAUUGUUUGAUGAUACAUUGGUGUUUGGACUCUUAAUUAUUUCUUAACAUUUUCCCUGCAGUUGUGAAGGAGUCAAACUUACCAAAACCUCAUAUCUUUGCUCAUGUGGAAGUAAAACACAACUAGAGCUUAUCUUUGAACUCAAGAGCUCUGAAAAUAAAUUGAUCCAAAAUUCAUCCAGCUUAAACUGUGCACUUAGGUCUACAGUUCGGAUUUUUAAGAAAUCAGCUAUUUAUAUAUGUAUUUAAUAUUUAUUUUGACAAUGUUUUGUCCUCUUUUUUAUAUUUUUCUCUGCACAGUUUAUGUGUUGACGUUUUCUUGGUUUGUUGCCAUCCACUGGUAGCUGUACUGUACUUAAGCUAUUUAUUUUCAGGUCUUUCAGGUACUUGUUCAUUUUUGUGUUGCCAUUUUUGUCACAUGUACUGUUAAUAUUUUGCUGUUUCGCACUUAUUGAAAUAAAUAUUCUUAUAUUAUAUGCUAUUUCCAUAGUAA